UCACCACUUUCCUCGCUUUUUCCUUUUCCAUUUUCAUUUUGGGUCUCUUCUGUUCUGCCUUAAACCCCUUUCAUUUCCAAUGCAACCUCAUCCCUUACCAUGCAAUUAGGUAUGCCUUUGAAUUAUUGGGCACCAUUGACUACUGGCUUUUGCAAGACUUGGUCUUUGCUGGGAACUUCCAGAUCUUUGUGGAGCACUUAGGUGGGUGGAAGCUUCAUUUGGCCUCUAUACUUGAGCUGACUUCCAGGUACCAGAGGUUAUGAUCAACUGAAAGCCAAUGAUGGGAGGAAACUGCAGUAAAAACAAAGGUGUUGAUGCUCCACCCCCACCACCACCCCCACCACCACCACCACCGUCACUGCCGCCACAGGAACCCCUCGAAAACAAAACCAAAUCCGAGUACACAGCCCAUUUGAGCUCUUAUGAGGAAUUCUGUAAGCUUGAUUCGGGUUUACAAUCGUUUGAUGUAUCUCUGCAACAGCGCACUAGCCGAGUCUUCAACUCACUCUCCACCGGAGUUGAAGUGAGGUCACUAUCAUUGGAUUCACUCAAAGAGGUCACUGAUUGUUUGCUUGAGAUGAACCAGGAAGUGGUCAACGUAAUUCUCGAGUGCAAAAAGGAUAUAUGGAACAAUAAAGAGAUGUUUUCUCUAGUGGAGGAGUAUUUUGAGAACAGUCUGCAGACAUUGGACUUCUGUACUUCCCUCGAGAGAUGUCUCAAGCGUGCAGUGAACAAUCAGGUGAUUAUUCAGGCUGCGGUGAGGCGGUUUGAGGAAGAAGUAGAAGCUGGUUUUGACGGGAAGGGGUGUGUGAGGACAUUGCAGGAGUUGAGGGCAUUCAAGGCAGCAGGGGACCCUUUCACAGAGGAGUUCUUUGUACUAUUUCAGGCAGUGUAUAACAAACAGGCAUCAAUGCUUCAGAAAUUGCAAGUUCGAAAGAAAAAGCUUGAUAAGAAAUUGAAAUCUGUGAAAGCUUGGCGCAAAGUGUCAAAUGUUAUUUUUGUUGCCACCUUUGUGUCUGUAUUGAUAUUUUCAGUGGUGGCAGCUGCCAUUGCUGCACCACCACUUGUAACCGCCUUGGCAGGUGCACUGGCUGUUCCCAUAGGUUCUGUCGGGAAGUGGUGUAAUAUGCUUUGGAGCCGCUACGAGAGGGCUCUGAAAGGACAGAGGGAGAUUAUAAGCUCAAUGCAGGUUGGAAGUAUGAUUACAAUGACGGACUUGAACAAUAUCAAGGUGCUUGUUGAGAAAUUGGAAAUCGAGAUUGAGGCACUGCUGCAGAACGCAGACUUUGCUAUUAGAGAAGAGGAUGCUGUGAAGAUAGUGAUGAUUGAGAUCAACAAAAAGUUGGAAACGUUUAUGAAAACCAUCGAAAGUUUAAGCCAAAAUGCUGAUAAGUGUGGCCACAAUAUAAGGAAGGCAAGGACAGUGAUUCUGCAGAGAAUAAUUAGGCAUCCCGGAAAAUGAACAGCCAUUUGGUAUGUUCUCCUGAUCACUAGCUAUUUUAUUUUUGGUGGUCUUUUUACGAUAUUAUACUACCUUUUUGAAGUACAUAUUCUGUACUUCAGGCAAUGACUUAGAUUUGGCCUUCUUAAAGAACAAUGUAAGAUUAUUGUCCUUAAGCUUAUACUUGAUGUGUUUCAAAUUUCAAGUGAGCUUUAAUGCAAAGAGUUUCUUACUUC